UGCGCAUGCGCGGUGACAGAAUUCCGGUAGAGUGUUAUGAGUAGAAGCCGAGUGAGGAAAAUAGAGUGAAAAUCUAAAAAUAGAGACAAUAAAGACGGAGAUAGAGAGCAGAACCGGAGACGAAGGAGACAUGAAUCAGCCGGAGCGUUCCCGAGAUGACAACGAUGAGGAAACAGACUGUCACCAUGACAACGCUGAUGGCAACAACAACAACCGGCGCAAGACUGUGUGUCCAGGUGCAGGUGAGCACCCCCUGCAGUAUAACUACACCUUCUGGUACAGCAGAAGAACUCCGAGUCGUCCUGCCAGCUCUCUGAGCUAUGAGCAGAACAUCAGACAGAUCGGCACCGUGGCCUCUGUGGAGCAGUUCUGGAGGUUUUACAGUCAUCUGGUGAGGCCAGGUGAUCUGAGUGGGCACAGCGACUUCCACCUGUUCAAGGAGGGCAUCAAACCCAUGUGGGAGGACGAGUCUAACCGCAGUGGGGGAAAGUGGAUCAUCCGGCUGCGUAAAGGUCUGGCGAGUCGGUUCUGGGAGAACAUCAUCCUGGCUAUGCUGGGAGAGCAGUUCAUGGUGGGAGAGGAGAUCUGUGGGGCCGUGGUCUCCAUACGUUUCCAGGAGGACAUCCUGUCAAUCUGGAACAGAACAUCCAACGACCAGACAACGACAUCCAGAAUCAGAGACACUUUGAGACGAGUCCUGAACCUCCCAGCCAACACUAUCAUGGAGUACAAGACCCACAAUGACAGCCUCAGGGACAACUCGAGCUUCAGGAACACCAAGAUCUCACUCUGACGUCAUCGCAGUCAGCUGACUGCCCCUCUGAGCAAUCAGGAACCACCGUGGUGUUACUGUACACUCACUGGCCAGUGGACAAUUGUGUGGACCAAUAAACUGACUGAACUGAAGUGAAGGUGUUGUUUGUAAUGUUGAUUGAUGCAGUCUGAUCACCUGUCCGUAUUUCUGAAGUGUUUUUGUUUUCUGUUGGUGUAAAUAAAACUGAAUCU